AAAAAAUCUCGAAAAUAUCAGAGAAAAUCUCGCACAAUGUAUUCAAAAUACAUUAAAAAUAUUUAGAAUGUGCCCAAAAAUUAAGUGAUUGGUUGAUUUUGUUUUUAAGCAAUUUUUUGAUUUGAUAUGUACUUUUUUUGAACAUUUCCCAGAGUAAUUUUUAAUCCGAUACCUAAUAUUUGCUGUAGAUUAUCGUAUAAUGUUUACAGUAUUUGAACAUUUGGUACAGUAGGCAGAAUAAUGGCUUGAAAAGUAUAAAAGAUUUCAUUAUUAUUUUAAAGUUUUUCGAGGGAAAAGAUGUACGAAAUAUGUGUAAACAAUACUAAAAAAAUAUUCAGUUGUUUUCUGAAUAGUUAUAUUAACAGUUGUUUCACAUCCAGCGCCAUCUAUACUUGUAUCAACAAGCUAUUUUAGAACUAGACUUAUGAAAAUAUGCUGUAGCAUUCAUAUUUUUUGAAAGAAUAAAGAACGACUUACGCACAAAUAUUCGGAGGUAUCAGGCAAGUUUCGACAUCAGCAGAACUAAGUACAAAUAGAUAAUAUACUUUCUUUAUUUUUAUAGUUGGUAUUAUAUCCUUAAGGUAGAUUAGAAAGAAUGUAAAGUAAGAUAAAUAUUUCUCCAAAGAAAUAAAACAGAAAUUUUGUUAUUUCUUUCUUAUCUUACUAUCUAUAGUUGAAAUAUAAUGUUAUUUUAUACGAUUAUAAUUGCUUUAAAAUUAAUGCUUUUGAUUUUAAUUAUAAAAAGAGUAUUUCUAAGCAUUUUGAAAGUGUCAUAAAAUUUGAAAAGAUCCAACUGUUAUAAAUAUUUUCUGAAAAGGAUCUGGAAAUGCAAUUUUAGAACAGUUCGAUGGAAAUAAUUAUUUACACUAAAAAAUAAAUUGCUUUCUAUUUCGAAUGAUAAGCUGGCAACAAAAACUUUUGACAAAUGACCUCAUCAAUGCGGAAAACACUGUAAAGGUGAAAGCCGUAAAGGUUUUUGAAAUGUUAAACGUUGGCAAUAUUCGUAAACAUUUCGAAACGUGGGAAUUUGUUGUAAGAUAUCAACACUAUCUAGAUCCUUUAAUUAACGUGCAUAGUUUCUAAUAUUUAGAUAAACAAUUAAAGGUGAAAUAAAUGUAUAUUUGGGGGCUACAGAAAUUUGAAGUUUAAAACAAGGAUUUCUUAACUGAUGCGAAAUACGUCAGACUAUGCAAAACACUUUCCAACCAAUCAUCGCUGAGAUUUUCAUCUGAGAUUAAUAGAGGAAAAAAGAAAAUCUUCUUCAGUUUGUUCUACGUUGUUUUUACCCUUGCAUCAUCAGUAAGUAGAGCAUUUUUUUCAGCUACAAGUUCUACAACUAAUAAUUAAAUAAUGACUUACAAUAAACAAAUUUAUCUUUUAAUCUAUAUAUUUCAAAAUUAUAGUAGCAAUAAAUGCAGUAAGAGUACCUUGUUUACAAAAAUCUUCGAAAGCCGUUUUAUAGCUUACAGAAGUUUUACUACUGCAGUACUCUAGACUGUUUAUCUUUUCCGCGCUAGUUUUCUGAUAGAUUUGGUUUUGGUCGGAAUUUCGAUGAUUUACUACUAGAAGAGCCACUUAGUUAUCAUAUAUACAGUAUAAUCUCAAAUACAAAAACGCGACAACCGAAAGAUGGCGCAAUACAUCUUAAUAGAUUAAUAAAUAAUUUUUAUGAAAAUGUCACAAAUUUUACAGAAGAUGGAAUUAAUUGACAAUUUCGAUAAGACAUUUUGGACAAAGAAAGAGACGGUAGAUGAAAACGGCUACGAGCAGUUUAGGAUUGCUCAGCGAGUUGCUGGAUCCGAAAACUCUUUUAAAUACGCUGUAAUAGAUUCUGAAGGGGAAUCAAAGCAGGUUGUUCUUCGAGGAGCUCAAGGAAAGAAAGAUCCUCUGACAAGUAUUGCAAACUUAAUGAUGAAAAUAAAGCAUACGGGCGAGGAAAGAUUAGUGGAGGGAAUCAUUGUUGACGAUGAAUGUGUCAUUUAUGUAACCGUCUAAAUUUUUUCCCUUGUCGAAGUUCUGCAAAAAUCGUACUCAGAACAAAAAUAAAAAUAGCUUUAAUCCCCCCUGAUAAUUCAGUUUGGCUAUUUGCCGC